UCACGUUUUAUGCUUAGUCACUAAUUCAGACAGCCCUAGUUUUUCGCUAAACUUCUAGGGUUUGCUGCUGAAUUUAGAGGAACGAAAAAAUCAUUCUCGACGCCGACAACAUUAACGCCAACCGAACGAAGUCUUCCCUCUCAAAUCCCACGAGAGACUUUCGCCAAAAUGCCUACCGAAGCCGGACACAGACGUGAGUUUCCUGAGUUUUCUUAAAUUUUGAGAUGGCAUUGGCUGGUGUAUAUGGGGUUUGGAAGAGCAUGGAGCGAGGGAGCAGUUUGGGAGGCAACGAAGUUGCUGUAUUCUUAGGAGAUAGGGAGGCUUGCUAUGUUUGAGUCAUUGCGACAAUUUUGCUGGAAUCAAUUGCUAACAUUUGUGUGUUUUAGUCUAUGUUAAGUAAGUUCACAAUUUAUUCCGAUCAACGAACAUGCUCUGUACUCGAAUGGCUGGAACGGCAAUAUGGGGUUGAGAAGUGCGAGAGGAGGGAGGAGAAUAGGACGGGAUAUCUCGAGAAUGCAAAGAUGGAUAUGAUGGAUAUUACCGAGAUGGAUUAUUUUCAUGGAUUUAUUGGACACACACUAAUAUGGAUAACUUCAGGGGACGCCAUUUGAGCUACCAACGCGGCAAGCGCAACACCACCCCAGGCACCAGCUUGAUCCAAAUCGAGGGUGUCAACAACACCGAGGCUGCCAAGUAGGUUUUAUCACGAUAUUGGAAUAUCUCUCGAUUCUAAUGAAUAUACAGCUUCUACUGCGGAAAGAAGGUUGCUUUCGUCUACCGUGCAUCAAAGGAGGUUAGAGGAUCAAAGAUUAGAGUUAUCUGGGGCAAGAUCGCUAGACCACACGGUAUGAGAGAUAUACUUCACCUUUCACUGGGAUCUAAAUACUGAUAUACACCAAAGGAAACUCCGGUGUUGUACGUGCACGAUUCAGACAAAACCUCCCACCUAAGUCAUUCGGCGCAUCCGUUCGCAUCAUGUUGUACCCAUCAUCGGUAUAAAUGGUUGGUUUGGAGUUGUUAGCAUGGACUGGGUGGAUGGUUGAUGAUAUGCCAUAUCUGGGCACUCAAGAGGGCGGCAAAUAAUGAG